AUGCCACAAGAAGACGCCCUCGCCAAGCGCGCACGACUGGAAACCUCCAUCAACCGCAACCCCCACCCGGACUUCCAAGGCGUGGAAGCCUCCCGGCCGGCAUGGCAAUCUGAGCGCUCGGGAUGGACCUACACCAAGAUCGUCAAUCCGGACUGGAAGUUCGGCGAUGGGGGCAACGACGGCGGUGCCAGUCUUGAGAAGGAGCAUGUUGAGAUUAACCCGUAUGCAGAGGGGAGGCCGGCAACGUUCAACUACAAGUUGUUGAUUUCUGCCAUUGUGCCAAGGCCGAUUGGGUUUUUGAGUACCGUGGGCCAGGAUGGGACGUCCAAUCUCGCCCCAUUCAGCUUCAUGAAUAUGAUCAAUUACGAUCCCCCGCUGUUCACGGUUGGCUUCACCGGCUGCGGCAUCGACGAUGCCAAGGACACGCUGAAGAACCUGAUCGACACAGGUGAAUGCGUCCUCAACGUCAUCUCGGAACACUUCAUUGAAGCGGCCAACUCAACCUCCAUCAACGCCCCCUACGGCGUCAGUGAGUGGGAAAUCAGCGGCCUGCACCCGGCCCCAUCGCGCCUCGUCAGACCACCCCGCGUGAAAGAGUCCGUCUUCGCGACCGAAUGCCAUCUGCAGGAGGUCAAGGAGUUUGAGAGUCGCAACCCCGCCACGCCUGGGAAGAAGACGGGGGUUCUGGCGAUUCUGGAAGGCGUGAAUUUUUGGGCGCGCGAGGAUGCGGUCAACGAGGAGAGGAAUCUCAUGGAUCCGGCGGUUCUGCGCCCGGUGGGCCGGCUGGGAGGCAUCACGUACGGGAGAAAUGCCGUUGGGUUUGAGGCGUUGAGACCGGGGUAUGAGAGCUGGUUGCAGCGAGACAAUGGGGAGCAUUGGUGA